AUGGAGCAGAUAAUUGGAAAAACGAGAGAAGCCUUUGAUUUCCUAGCUAAAGGUGAAAAUCAGAAAGCAGUUGAUACGCUGUCCGGUGUCAUCAAGCUGAAUCCACACCUCGCCAGCCCACACAUUAACAGAGCCCGUGUCUUCUUGCAGCUGGAAGAGCCAGCUAUGGCCAUUAGUGACUGUGACAGAGCUAUUGAACUCAAUCCCAGCUCAGCACAGGCCUAUCUAUUACGAGGAAAAGCUCUCCAGCUUUUGGGGCAUUUAAAAGAGGCUGCCCAUAACAUUUCUUUGGCUUGUAAAUUAGAUUCUGAGGCUCAGGCAAAGUUUGAGAGGGGGGAAGAGGCCAGUGAAGAGCUGGGGAGGGAUGAGGGUGAGUUGGAGACAGACAGCGAAGGGGAGAUUGAGCCAGAAGAGGAUGACUACCCAGAGAUGGGAGAUGAGAGUUUGGAGGUGACCAGCGACAUGCUGAAGCAGGCUGAUGAAAAGAAUAGGGUGGCUUUUGAUGCAGUGGGUAGAGGUGAGUUUCAAAAAGCUGUUCAGCUCUUCACUGAUGCCAUCAGACUGAACCCAGGGCUUAGCACUUUGUAUGUCAACCGAGCCAGUGUCUUUGUGCAGUUGCAAAAGCCAAACGCCGCCAUCAGAGACUGUGACAAAGCCAUAAAAAUCGACCCCAAUUCUGCACAGCCGUACAAGUGGAGAGGGAAAGCUCUUUGGCUCCUGGGUCACUGGCAGCGUGCUGCCAAGGACCUUGCACUGGCCUGCCAGCUGGGUUCUGAUGAAGAUACCAAUAACAUGUUGAAGGAGGCUCAGAGAAGAGUCCACAAACUUGCUAAACACCAAAAAAUGUAUGAGGAGAAAGAAAACACAAAGCAAUCAUUGGGUGCGUUACCAAGAGUGGGGAAAUCCAUGGCAGAAGAGGAGAGGGAUCAGCUUCUGACUUCUCAAGAAAAGGAAAAAGCACAGCUUCAGAAUGCCAAGGAGCAUCAACGGACUUACCUUGGGACCUCCCAGGAACCUGACCAUGACAUGGAAGGAAGGGAAUCUGAAGAGCAAAAGCAAUAUCCAGUAGAAAAGAGUAAGUUUUACAUGGAAGGUCAACAUAUCGCUGAGGGGGAGGAAAAGCCCAGUGGAGAAUCGAACACUGAGGACAGUGAACUCAAUACUGAAAAUGAAGGAGUGGCUGAAGAAGACCUUCAGAAAAUAGGAGAUGAAAACCUGAAGAUAGCUAAUAAUAUGAUGAAACAGGCCAUCGAAAAGGAAAGGGAAGCUUUUCAUGCACUGAGAGCAGGUGAAUUUCACAAAACUGUUGAGUUGUUCACUGACGCCAUCAGGUUCAACCCAGAACUUGCAGUCUUGUACGUAAGCCGAGCCAGUGUCUACCUGAGGUUGCUGAAACCAAUAGCUGCCAUUAGGGACUGUGACAAAGCAAUAAAAAUCGACCCUGCUUCUCCACAGCCCUACCACUGGCGUGGGAAGGCAUUCCAGCUCCUGGGUCGCUGGCACAAGGCUGCCAGGGACUUUGAACUGGCCUGCCAACUGGGUUAUAAUGAAAACACCAGUUCCAUGCUAGCAGAAGUCCAGAGAAGAGUCCAGGAAAGAAAGCAAAGGGAAGAUGACUUCAUGGAUGUAGCAGAGAGGAUGAAGAAGGAACUAAAGAAGGCAGGAUUAAGAACUUACAAAGCCCCCAAAGAUAUGGAAAGAAUUAAGAAAGCAGCCUUGGAGGAACAAGACAGCUCUUGGGAGACCAACAAAUCUUGGGAAGAGACCAUGAAGAUGCAAGUCUUGCAGAAGUUGUUAACUGAGCAGGAGAACACACCACAGCAGGUGACAGAGCAACAGGAGAGUCUGGAACAAAAGGCAUCGCAGGAGGCAGCGUGGUGCCUAGAACGUGAGGAACAGUUGAUUGCUUUGCAGGUGGAGUUGGAAGAGCAGUUUAAAACUCAACAGAUGGGGCUUGAGGAAGAGGAGAAAACUCCAUGGAAAGUUCUGGAGCAACAGGAGAACGCACAGAAGAAGCUGCAAGAAGAAGAGAGAAAUCAGUUGAAGACUAUGCAGGAACUGGAGAAAGCUCAACAACAGGCUUUGGUAGGACUGAUAAAAAAACAGAAAAAAGCCAAGGAGAAACAUAAGAUUGCUCAGAAGAAACCCCUGAACAAAAAUGGGGUUGAAAAAGCCCUCAUGGAACUAGCAAGAGCUCAGAAAAAGGCCCUGGAAGAAUUGGAGAUGGCUCAGAAAAAUGCUCUGGAGGAACUGGAGAAAGCUCACAGAAAGGCCCUACAAGAGCAAGAGCGAGCUCAGAGGGCUGCAUUAGAAGAACAGAAGAGGGCUCAGAAGGCUCUAAAGGAACUGCAGCUAUCACAAAGAAAAGCUGCGGAGGCGAUGGAGAGAGCUCAAAUAAGGGCUGUCAGAGAACAAGAGAAAGCACAGGAAAUCCUGACAGAACUUGCAAAAACACAGCAACAAGCCUUAGAGGAGCAGGAGAGGGCAAAGAAUGAACAAAACAAAGCUAAUAAAAUCUUGGAAGAACUGCAGAAAGCAAAAGAAAAGGCGCUAGAAGAACUCAAGAGAGGUCAGGAAGAGCUCCUCUGCAAGCAAGAGAAAGCUCAGAAGAAAGCCCUGGAGGAACAGGAGAGGGCUGAGAAAGACCUGGAGAGAUCUCAAGAGCAGUGUGUUGGAAAGCAGGGAAACUUUAAGGAAAAAGUUCUUGUGCAAUGGGAAAGAGCCAAAAAUAAGCUUCCUGAAGAAGAGGUGCAAUUUCAGAAGAAUACUGAAGAGUCUGGGCCAGUCUCUGGAGAACUGGAAACAACUCCGAGGAAUGACCUGAAAGAACAAGCAACAUCAUCAUUGCAAUGUGGGAAAGACUGGGAGAAAGAAGCAGAAAACCAGAGUGUCAUUCCAAAAGCUAUUCUGGAGGAAGGGCUAAGCCCUGGGAGAAGUACGGACCAACCAGAAAGGUCACCGGUGUCACCCACAAAGCCCUUUCAGGACUCCUCUGAAUCGGAGUGGUUCUCAGAGGUGUGGUUUGUUGUUUGACAAACCAUUUGCUGAAA